UACUAAGUCAAAUAACAAAAUAAUUUAAAUAAUUAAAUCUUCAAACCAUCUCCAAGUAACACAGCAAUGGCAGACCUCUUCUUCUCCAUAGCCAUCAUCUCUUCCAUCCUUCUCCUUCCUCUUCUCCUCCAUCUCCUCUUCAAGAACCCUAACCCUAACCCUAAUUCUAAUCCACCAAGCCCACCUGGUCUCCCUCUCAUUGGCCACCUUCAUCUUCUCAAACCUCCACUCCACCGAGCACUAGCCCAUCUCUCAGACCUCCAUGGCCCCAUACUUCUCCUCCGCUUCGGCUCCCGCCGUGUCCUCCACGUCUCCUCCUACUCCGCCGCCGAAGAGUGCUUCACCGUCAACGACAUCACCUUCGCCAACCGUCCGCGUCUCCUCGCCGGAAAACACCUCGGCUACAACUACCAAAGUCUCUCCGUAUCUUCCUACGGCCCUCACUGGCGUAAUCUCCGUCGCCUCGCCACCGUAGAAGUCCUUUCCACUUACCGGAUCAUCUCCUCUUCCGAUGUCCGCUCCGACGAGGCCCUCUUCCUCGUUAAAGACCUCCUCCGUGACUACUCCGGCCCCGGCUUCCACCGCACCGAGCUAAGUCCCAAACUCUUCGGGCUCGCUUACAACGUCAUCAUGAGGAUGAUAGCCAACAAGAGGUUCUACGGUGACGCCGAUGAGAGCUCGUCGGAGGCCGCGAAGGAGUUCAAGGAAAUAGUCAAGCAGACCGGCUCCAUCAUCGCCGCCUCCAACCCCGCCGACUUCUUCCCGGUGGUGAGGUGGCUCGGCUUUGGAGGUUAUGAAAAGAGGUUGAAGAGAUUGAGAAAGAGAAGGGACAAGUUCUUUCAGGGACUCAUUGACGAGCACCGGAUGAAAAAGAAGGAGGUGAAUGGAUCCGGAGACGGUGAAGGUUCUCCGGCGGAGAGAUCAACGGUGAUCGACUUGCUGCUCUCCAUGCAAGAAGAUGAGCCGGAGUACUUCACUGAUUUUCUCAUCAUGGGGUUCAUUGCGCAACUGUUAGUAGCCGGGACAGACACAUCAUCAAUAACAAUGGAAUGGGCAAUGUCACUGCUUCUCAACAACCCUGAAACCCUAAACAAACUAAAAGAAGAGCUUGAUACAAAUAUAAAACCAGGUUCAUUAAUAAAGGAAGAAGACCUUAGCAAGCUUCCCUAUCUAGAAGCAGUUAUAACAGAGACAUUGAGAAUGCAUCCUCCUACGCCAUUGCUACUGCCCCAUGAAUCAUCUCAAGACUGCACAGUGGGUGGCUUUCAUGUUCCCAAAGGAACAAUGCUCUUAGUGAAUGCAUGGAAGAUACACAAAGAUGCUGAACUCUGGGAAGAGCCGGAGAAGUUCAAGCCUGAGAGGUUUCUUAACAGUAAAAGCAAGAAGAGAUGGAAAACAAUGGCGUUUGGACUAGGAAGAAGGCAGUGCCCUGGUGAAAGUUUGGGUAUGAGGGUGGUGGCACUGGUGGUGGGAAUUUUGGUUCAGUGUUUUGAAUGGAAACCGGUGGGGGAUGAGGGGAUGGACAUGAAUGAAGGUGCUGGGGUUUCCAUUCGUAGAGCUAAGCCUUUGGAGGUUGUGUACAAACCAAGGGGGACCAUUUCCAGCCAUCUUUUUCAACUUUGAGACGUUUGGCUCACGCUUUUAGUGUCACACGUUUUAUACCGAUAUAUAUAUAUAUAUAUAUAUAUAUAUAUAUAUAUCUAUAUAGCUCAAGUGCAUUAUAGGUAUAGUUUAUUUCGGUUUUGUACUUUAAUAAUGUUGAUUACUAUUAGUGUGUUAAUGGCAAACUUAAUUAAAUAAUGAUGUUGAGGGAAAUGAAAUACCACUGCGUGGAUAAUUAAUACUGAUGUAAUAUUGUAAGUUUGCUUUAGUACUGACAUGGUCGGUCCAUGACAGCUAAUUGUCCAUGUGAAAAAUAAUUUAAAAA